UCGGAAUGAUUUGGUGUUUGUCCUAGACGGAAAAUGAAACAGAAAGAAUUUCGUAGGACUUGAAAAAAUACAUAUCCCAUAACAAUGAUUGCUUUAAUUAUUCUACUCGCUGUUGGAAUCAAUGUCCAGUUAAUAGUGUCAGCAGAUUUUGAUUUUUGUACAAAACCACCAGACAAUGGGGUAUGUUACACAGUAUAUAUGGCCUGGUUCUACAACUCAACAGAACAGGAAUGUCAGGAAUUUGUCUACCUAGGAUGCGGUGGAAAUGAGAACAGAUUUAAGACAGAAGAAGAAUGUUACGCUAAAUGCAAAGAAAAGUUGGUUCAACUUCACCCUCCUCAGAAUGUGACAGUGGCGUAUGUGCAGACAAACAGAAUUUACUUGUACUGGUACCCUCCCCUGAACUUCAGACUACAUGAACCCAGCUUAACUAGUGGCAGUGUUUCGUAUACGGUGCACCGUUCUAGUGGUGGGGCACAGAAAUCUCCUGUUUUGUUACCAGCUCGUUCAAAACGUGCUUCAGAGUCUGAUUCUCGGGCAGGGAACCAGGAUACGACAGGAAGUGAAACCACUGUAAAACCGUCAGAUACCACAGUCGGGAAUGCAAAUGGGACUGGAUCAGAUGAUAAUUCUACCAGUAGUGAAACUAAGACUGGGGAGGGUAGUACAACAGCCAGUUCUACUGCGGCAAAUCAUACUGCGGAGGUGAUUGAAAUAGCAGGAACUAAUUUGAGUAUCUUGGACUAUAUUGGGAAAGAUAAAGUGCCAUUCCAUUUUGCAAAAUUGACUCAUUAUGUGAUAACUGUACAGCCAGCUAAUGGAGCUUUCAUCCAGAAUAUAACAGUGCCAGGAAAUAUGACGGAGGUUAAUAUUACUGAUUUACCAUCAUCUGUAGAACAUAAAAUCAUUGUCAGCGCAGUGUAUCUGACAAACUCUACAAUAUCAGCCAAGGCUGUGACAGCUACAACUGCUGCAGAUCCUUCGAAAGCUUCUAACUGUUACUGUGAUCCAUUUGGAACAAAGGACGGCUAUAAGAGUUGUAAUUUAUCGCUGACACAUGUGCCUUGGUGUGAAUGUAAACCGCGUCAUGCUGGACUCUUCUGUGAGAUUUGUGCCCAUGGAUAUUACAGGACUGCACGCAGCCUGCCAUGCCAUACGUGUCCUUGUCCAGAGACAUUUUCUACUGGAUCUUGUCAUUUUACGGAAGGUUACCUGCAUUGUACAACUUGUAGAGAAGGGUACACUGGUAACCUGUGUCAUCGUUGUGCCAAUGGUUACUAUAGAGACCACGCAGCGGCUCCCUCAAAGUGCAUAAAAUGCCAAGGUUGCCAUGAUAUAACACCAGGUCUGAUCUGUGAUCCAUUCAACGGAAAAUGUUUGAACUGUCAUUAUAAUACAACUGGAGAAAAAUGUGACAGGUGUUUGGACGGGUUCCAAGGUGAUCCAUUAAAACAUAUUCCAUGUACGCCUAUAUCUGAGAAAAACACGAGUACGAAACCACCAGCUGCCGGCAUCAUUGCCGCCAUUGUCGUCGGUACGAUUGUUCUCCUGUCGGGAAUCGUUGGCUUUAUUGUGUACAAACGCAGCCAUAACUUCCCUAAAAACAAACCAUUCUGGACGAUCGAGUUUAAAGAGGAUCAUGAUGAUGUGAAUUUCAGUGCCAUUCCGGAUGAUGAACUGGAACGCCAGCACGAUGACAUGCAAUUUUAUGAGUCUCAGUCAAAAGGAAAAAAUAAGUUGCCACCGUACUCACAGUUAAGAGAAGAUAUAUGAAAAAUGCAAGACAUGUGCCUUUCUUUUAGACUCAAGGUUGUGAAAAAUGCAUUUAGAAUGUAGAAAAAUAUCUAGUUUAGUCAGUUUAGAUUGUCAAGUGAAAGAAGAUAGAGUGGAUGAGGUUAAUCAGUCUUUGAAAUGAGACAAUAUAUGUACUUUUUUCAUUUGUUGCAAUAUUAGAUAGAUACGUUGCACGAGUGAAUUCCGCCUACGCAUUAGCUUUUAAUUAGUGCUCAUUCAUUCCAACUACGCAAAACAUUCUAAUUUGUUGAAGACCUUACAAAGGUCGUACUGACUGUAUGGCUUUUGGUCAUUGUUAAGUGUUGUUCUAGAUAGGAUGUUUUAACAAAUUUAGCUUUUUUUUUUAUUUAAUGCAAUUGCAUAUAUGUAUAGAAUGUGCGUAACAAUCUCAUACAAGAAAAUUGCCAUAGAAACCAAUUUGUCAAAUUUAAAAGUGGGUUUUUGUAGGUGAACUUGUGUGUACUAAACUGCAGGUGCAAUAGUGAUCAAAUUCUGACAGUGGGAUUUUUUUGUGUGUUUUUUUCUGGUGUACUUGAUGGUUUUAUGUAUUUCAAACAUACAACCAUAUAUUUCCUUUAAUAAUAUUACUGCUAGACUCUGUAUUAUACAUUAUUUAACCCAUUUAUGAAAGUUUGAACAUGUAUGUAAUUUUUGUGUUCUUUGUUGCAAUUUAAGUAACCUUGCUUCCAAUAGAGCUAGUCCAGUAAAAUUUCUUUUUAUGUUUUUUUUUACUGAAAUAGAGUGAGAUUUAAUAUCUGUUGAUCUGAUUUUUGUGAUUUUAAGAAAUGUCUAUUUGCAUAUUUACGGUUCAAGCUUAUUUUUAUCCAGUGACUACAGUAGUGAGAAUUGUUUAAAAAAUUAUUACCUAACCUUUUUAACUGCUGAAAUUGACUCACUUGUUCAUUACAUGCUUCAUUGUCAAAUUAGAUGUUUUAAUUAUGUAAGUGUGUGAUAGAUUAAUUUACCAUCUAAUGAAUCAAGGUUGUGUCCACUGUGCUAUGCCUUGUAACUGAAAGAUUUUAUUUCAUUAGAAGGUCAGUAAAUGUCCUAUGCUUUUUUUAAUGUCAUUUGACUGUAUGUAGUUUAACACUGUUUCAUAUAAAAUUUAAUAUGUAUUUUAUUCUAUAUUCCCUUCAUUGGGUUUAUUGUCACAUGUAUAGCCUAUUAGCUUUGUAUCAAGAAAUACACACAAGUUCAGUAGUCGAGAUAAUUUGUUAGGAUGGCAGUAUUAAUCUGCAAUAGAACAAGUACAUUUUUCUUAGUGCAUAGCUAGCUCAAUAGGGAGAGCGCAAAUCUACAGAUCACAAGGUUGUGAGUUAUAUCCAUGGGCAAGGCAUAUGUUCUCCGUGACAAUGUGUUAGAAGACAUAUGUGUCAGAAGUAAUUUUGUCCUCCACAUCUGAUUUAUGUGGAGAAGUUGGCAGUUACUUGCAAAGUACAGGUUUAUACUAGUACAGAACCCAGAAACACUAGUUAGGUUAACUGCCAUCUGUUUCAUAACUGAAAUACUGUUGUAUUUCAAACAAACAAACUCAGUACAUAGCUGAUAAUCUUUUCAUUACUACUCAUUAGUAAAUGAUAUAGACUGGUUCUUUAGAAUGAAUAGAAUUGCAAAUAUCUAUGUUAAUGAAGUUUUUAACACAAAUACACAUAUUAAAAUGACUUUGCACACCCAAAAUAAAUAUUGUGGUUCGAGAUUCCAUUGUAAGUUAUUGGAAGUUAAAAGAGAGUAUGUAAGGAAAGAUAUCGGUUGUAUAAGUGCUGGCAGCUGCUGAUUGCUUUAAAACUUCAGCGUACCGUUGAAAGUGUAAUUUAAAUACUUAAUAUGAUGGAAAGAACAAAAGUUUAAAUAUUUUUAGAAACCAUUGUUAUACUACCUUUUUCUGCUUGACUUUUCAAUAGAAAUAAUACCUUUAUUACCUCCAAUACUGAAGGGCAUGAAUCGGUAAGCUUCAUCAGUUCUAGUCAUACAAAAAAUUAAGCCAAUAAAUUAAAUAUCUCUUAACAGAUUUUUGUGACACUAGACUUGAUGUAAAUUCUGAGCAAUAUUUUUAUUCCAAGGGUGUAAGAUUCUCAACUGACAGCAUUAUAUAUGUGUAAUGAUUUUAAAGUUAUUUAAAAUGUGUGUCAUGUUUGAAUCCUCAUCUAAAAAACAAGGUCUUCAUUUUUUUUUGUACUUCAUUUUUUAACUCAAAAUUUUAUGUAAAAAAACCUGUACAUAGUAAAUAUGCAUGGUGUCGGAUAUAUUUGUUUGUUUUUAUAACUUCAAAUGUUGAAGAACUUCUGUGACAUAACGUUUUGUGUCCUUAAGAUCUAACCAUGUAAACAUGGAAGUAAUUUGCAUAAAUGGCAUUCAGACAUCUUAAAUUUUAGUGCACAGUUUUAGUUUUGCCUUAAAAUUUACUGAUUACAGCUGUUACAAUCUUAUUUAAUAACUUUUAUCUUUUUGUUUUUUAUUUUCUUGAUUUUAGAUAAAUCCUAUGUGGUUUUAGGACAACUUGUGUUUGUAAAGAAUUUUAAUCACUAUCUAACCAUACUGUUGCAUGAUGGUAAGAGAUUACUAGCAGGGUCUGAACACUUGUUUUUGCUGUAUCUCUGUGUUUCCAGCAGGUAUAAAGUUUUGAUUCCACAACUUGAGUAAAUGAUGUGAAACCAAAAUUUUUAGUCCUGUUUGGUGCUAUGUAAUAGGCACUGUAUUUGUGCACUGUAAAACUCAAAUCAACGUGAUUUUCAAAACAGUUUUAUGAUAAAAUAUUUACUUAAGGUAUUCGGUCCACAAAUAAGCAAGUUUUAUGUAACAUUGCUAUUAAAAUAUAUCAAAUAUUGGUGCUUGAUAAGCUCAUAUAUCUUGGUAUCAUUUGAAAGUGUAUUGUGUACUCAAAAAGAAUAUAUAAAUUACAUGACAAAAAUAUGUUACAGAAUUUUCAUUUUUUUACUUUAUAGUUUUCAAUGAUACUUCAACAGAAAUCCAGUUAUUACAGUGUAAGAUUUAUCAUUUCGCAGUCAAAAACAUGACUGUAGUGAUUCAUGUGCUAUUAUGGUCAACUUAGUUACUAGUUCUUGUACAGCAGACACAACUUUUUCAAAUGAUACCAAAACAACUGGGUCUCCAGACAUCAAAAUGUCAUCUAUUUGUUGAUGGGUUACCCUAAGUAAUUUUGGUUAGAUGAGAUACAGUCAUACAUUGAGGUCUAUGGCCAUUAGCUCAAUAUUCUUUUUAUAUUGGUUGUGCAUAUAUAUCAUAGGACUUUAUGGAUUGUGAACUAGGCCUGUAUUCAUUUUUUUUCUAAAUUUGUGUAACAUAUUUGCCAAUUUUAAUUUUGCUUUGUACUCCAAGAAAAAUUUAACAAAACAUGUAUAAAUGUACUCAGGGCUCCGGAAAUUUUGAUAACUCAAUCGGUCCGAAACGAAAAUCCUGACAUCGGCGCUACCCCACCCACCGCAUUCCCAAUAUUACAUAUUUUGUAAAACGUGAAAGAGUAAAGAAAUAAGCAUGUCAUGCAUUAAAACUGAGUUACCGGUCACCGCGUGUUUCUAUACAAUGAAGACAGUUAUUCAGUGUUAUGUGUGAUCGUUACUUUGUUUAAAUUUCGAUGUUUUUCCGAGAAAAUACUUGUAAGGAUAAAAUUACCGAGGCAACACGGUGUGCGUAACUAGUCUAAAAGCCAACGCACGUGACCGGUACCGUAUACACGGCAGAUACUUUAUGAUGUUUCCUCAUUCUUUGACGGAAUUCUAUAAAAUACAAUGCGUCAAAGUGAAUUACACGACACAUAUUCUCUGCUAAACAGUCUCAGUAUUUUAAGAAUACUCUGCCGCGGACCGAAUGUGUACGUUAUAUGAAAGCUGAGAUCGAAUUUCCCGCAUGUAUAGUACCAAAAAGUCAUGCGUGUUGGCCACGGAUAUUUCAUUUCACUUAUGUUGUACUUCAAUAAGCAACUACAUUUUAUAAAGUUAUAUGUUCUCUUCUGAUGUAAACAAAAUUUCAUUUUGAAACGUUUUUUAAAAGACCGAUUUGAUAAACAGCGCCACUCCGGUUUUCUUUAUCAUUCGUGUUUGCCAGUCCAUUUUUUUUUCUUUUUCUUUCUUGCACAGUCAGGUUGCAAAGACGAUUGUCUGCACUUGUUUCAACUGGAGCCCCAACAAAUGAAUCUUGUAAUUUUUUCAAAUCAAGUAAUUAUAAAAAAUAUUUUGAUCGGUUUUCCGUGUGAUGUCUCAUUAAAACAAUUAUAGCUCUUUGAUUAAAUGCAGUGACCAUUUGUUUUUUACCGUGAUCAAACAUAGCCUUUUGAAAAAAAACAUCCGUCAGAUUCUAAAUAAAAGAAGUGGAUCCCAGUCGAAAUGAUUUGGAUCCAGUCAGACAUAUUUGGAAACCAGUCAAAAAUGUUUAAUACAUUGCAGUCAGCUGUCUGCAAACAUUAAAGGAUGUGCCGCGCGAGCACUGAUUGCGUCACCUGCUAAUUACGGACCGAUUAUCAAAGUGACAAUCAGACCGUUUGACACGUUUAUUGAUUAUCUGAGGGUGCAACCGACAAUUUCCUGCUUGGCAAUAGAUGGUGUAUUGAGAUAUCAGACCGAUAUUUAUACUUUUCUCCAUUUUUACGGGACCGAUUUUUUUCAUUUUUUCACUUCAUGAAUCGGUCUGAAAAGUCAAAAAUCAGUCCAAAACCGACAAACCGGCAAAUUUCCAAAUCCCUGAAUGUACUCUAAAGUCGGGUUUUUCGUGAGGGAUUUAUUUUCACUAUAUUUGCUAAGUGGCUUUUUGCAAAAAUAGAUACAGUGAACUUUGAAAUUGCUAUUAUUGUUAUAAAGAGUCCAGCUAGUAUCUUUUUAUGCAAACUAUUUAUGAUUUUAGAAAUAGCAAACUUUUAGCCUGGUAAAAAUAUCUGAUUAUACAUUAUAUCUACAGUAACAGUACACCAAAUUUCGGUGUAAUAUGUACUCGCAAAGAAGUUACAGUACACCAAAUUUCGGUGUAAUAUGUACUAGCAAAGAAGUUACAGUACACCAAAUUUCAGUGUAAUAUGUACUCGCAAAGAAGUCACAGUACACCAAAUUUCAUUGUAAUAUGUACUCACAAAGAAGUUACAGUACACAAAAUUUCAGUAUAAUAUAUAUGUACUCACAAAGAAAUGUUUACAACGUGAAGCAUUUUCGUUACUUUUUGUGAAACAAGUAUUUUGCCUAGAACAGGGAAGGACAUUAAACAGGGAUUGUUUUGUUCCAUAUAUAUGUGUAUAUUUAAAUUUAUAUUUAGCAAAUUUGUUCCAUGUCAGAACAUACACACAGGGUAUAAUGGUACCAGUUCUCUUGCCAUAUCAAGUUUUAUGGAGAAGAUUUGAUUAAAUAUCUUUAGCUGAAACUUUACAAAGAAAAGAAAUUGAUUACAUAACGAAAUAUUUUUGCUCAUAUUUGAAAAUAGUGGUACUCACAAUUUCAGUAUACUCGUGAAAAAUAACCUGCAUCAUGUUUUAAUACACGAACUGUCAUAUUUCGGGAACUCUUAACACCACAGAUAAGGUCUCAAACUUUGAAAUCACAAAAUAAAUCCUAUAAAAAGAUUACCGAAUCAACAGUAAUUGUAACUUGUAUUUUGCCAGUCUAUCACAUGCAUACUAUAUUAUAAAAAAGUGCAUUGUAUUAUGUACAUAUUUAAGAAUUUAUUCGAGUAAAAGGUAGUACCAUUUAAAGGUGAUGUUUUAAUGAUUGCCUUAAACAAAUUCAAGAUGUUUGAAAUAGAUUAUUCAUACUAUAUGAAAAUAUGUCUUUCAUUUUUUAGCUCAUCUGAUUUUUUGAAAAAAAAUGAUGAGUUAUUGUCAUCACUUGAGCGGUUGUCGGCGUCGGCGUCUGCGUCGGCGUUGCCUGGUUAAGUUUUAUGUUUAGGUCAGCUUUUCUCCUAAACUAUCAAAGCUAUUGCUUUGAAACUUGGAAUACUUGUUCACCAUCAUAAGCUGACCCUGUAUAGCAAGAAACAUAACUCCAUCUUGCUUUUUGCAAGAUUUUUGGCCCCUUUUGUACUUAGAAAAUAUCAGAUUUCUUGGUUAAGUUUUAUGUUUAGGUCAACUUUUCUCCUAAGCUAUCAAAGCUAUUGCUUUGAAACUUGGAAUACUUGUUCACCAUCAUAAGCAGACCCUGUACAUCAAGAAACAUAACUCCAUCUUGCUUUUUGCAAGAUUUAUUGCCCCUUUUGGACUUAGAAAAUCAGUUUUCUUGGUUAAGUUUUAUGUUUAGGUCAGCUUUUAUCCUAAACUAUCAAAGCUAUUGCUUUAAAACUUGCAACACUUGUUCACCAUCAUAAGUUGACCCUGUACAGCAAGAAACAUAACUCCGUCCUGCUUUUUGCAAGAUUUAUGGCCCCUUUUGGACUUAGAAAAUAUCAGAUUUCUUGGUUAAGUUUUAUGUUUAGGUCAACUUUUUCUCUUAAACUAUCAAAGCUAUUGCUUUGAAACUUGCAACACUUGUUCACCAUCAUAAGCUGACCCUGUACAGCAAGCAACAUAACUCCAUCCUGCUUUUUGCAAUAAUUAUUGCCCCUUUUGGACUUAGAAAAUCAUUUUAUUGGUUGAGUAUUAUGUUUAAGUCAACUUUUCUCAUAAACUAUCAAAGCUAUUGCUUUAAAACUUGCAACAGUUUUUCACCAUCAUAAGUGGACACUGUACAUCAAGAAACAUAAUUCUAUCCUGCUUUUUGCAAGAAUGAUGGCCCUUUUUAGACUUAGAAAAUCAUGGGUAGGACAAUAUUUCUAUUGCACAAAAAAAAUCAGAUGAGCGUCAGCACCCGCAAGGCGGUGCUCUUGUUUUACAUGUUUACAAUAGUGUUACAUAUGAAUAACUUGUGUUGUGUAUUUGUUACUUUAUUGAUUUUUUUACGCUUUAUUUUUAAAACAUUUUUAGUCCUAGUGCUUCAUCAAAUCUCUUAAUACUGGAUGCUAUCUUGUCAUUUACAAAGUAGGUUAUGAAUUGUCCAGGUAAUAAAACUAAGCUGGAAUUCCAGUCUGGAAACAUCAACAUCUGAUUGGUUGUUCCUGAGCAUAAACUUGAAAUUAACCAAUCACAUGGCUGUACUUUAGACUGGUUUUGUAAUUUACAAAUUAGGUUAUUAAUUGCCCAGGUAAUAAAAUUAAACAUGGAUUCCAGUCUGGAAACAUCAGCAUCUGAUUGGUUGGUUCUGAGCAUAAACUUGAAAUUAACCAAUCACAGGGCUGUAUUUUAGACUGGUUUUGUAAUCCAGGUUUAUAACUGUGAAACCAGACCCUGGUUUGUUGAUUCUGUGCUUAGUCUUGAAAUAAAACAGUGACAAGCUUGCAUUCUGAGCCUUGUAUCCCUUUUUAGCUCACCUGAGCAAUGCUCAGGUGAGUUUUUCUGAUCGCUCGAUGUCCGGCGUCUGUCGUCCGUCGUCUGUCGUCUGUCGUCUGUCGUCUGUCGUCUGUCAACAUUUAGCUUGUGUAUGCGAUAGAGGCUGUAUUUUUCAAUUAAUCUUCAUGAAUUUUGGUCAGAAUGAUAAUCUUGAUAAAAUCUAGGCCGAGUUCGAAAAUGGGUCAUCUCGGGUCAAAAACUAGGUCACUAGGUCAAAUCAAAGAAAAACCUUGUGUAUGCGAUAGAGGCUGUAUUUUUCAAUUAAUCUUCAUGAAUAUUGGUCAGAAUGAUAACCUUGAUGAAAUCUAGGCCGAUUCGAAAAUGGGUCAUCUGGGGUCAAAAACUAGGUCACUAGGUCAAAUCAAAGAAAAACCUUGUGUAUGCGAUGGAGGCUGUAUUUUUCAAUUGAUCUUCAUGAAUAUUGGUCAGAAUGAUUGCCUUGAUGAAAUCUAGGCCGAGUUCGAAAAUGGGUCAUCUCGGGUCAAAAACUAGGUCACUAGGUCAAAUCAAAGAAAAACCUUGUGUAUGCGAUAGAGGCUGUAUUUUUCAGUUAUUCUUCAUGAAUUUUGGUCAGAAUGAUAACCUUGAUGAAAUCUAGGCCGAGUUCGAAAAUGGGUCAUCUCGGGUCAAAAACUAGGUCACUAGGUCAAAUCAAAGAAAAACCUUGUGUAUGCGAUAGAGGCGGUAUUUUUCAAUUGAUCUUCAUGAAUUUUGGUCAGAAUGAUUACCUUGAUGAAAUCUAGGCCGAGUUCGAAAAUUGGUCAUCUUGGAUCAAAAACUAGGUCACUAGGUCAAAUCAAGGAAAAACCUUGUGUAUGCGAUAGAGGCUGUAUUUUUCAAUUGAUCUUCAUGAAUUUUGGUCAGAAUGAUUACCUUGAUGAAGUUUAGACCAAGUUUGAAAAUGGGUCAUCUGGGGUCAAAAACUAGGUCACUAGGUCAAAUCAAAGAAAAACCUUGUGUAUGCAAUAGAGGCUGUAUUUUUCAACUGAUCUUCAUGAAAUUUAGCCAGAAUGAUUACCUUGAUGAAAUCUAGGCUGAGUUCGAAAAUGGGUCAUCUGGGAUCAAAAACUAGGUCACUAGGUCAAAUCGAAGAAAAACAUUGUGUAUGCAAUAGAGGAUGUAUUUUUCAAUUGAUCUUCAUGAAAUUUGGUCAGAGUGAUUGCCUUGAUGAAAUCUAGGUCGAGUUUGAAUAUGGGUUACCUGAGGUCAAAAACUAGGUCACUAGGUCAAAUUAAAGAAAAAUCUUGUGUAUGCGAUAGAGACUGUUUUUUUCAAUUGAUUUUUAUGAAAUUUGGUCAGGAUGAUUGCCUUAAUGAAUCUAGGUUGAAUUUGAAUAUGGGUCAUCUGAGGUCAAAAACUAGGUCACUCGGUCAAAUCAAAGAAAAAACUUGUGUAUGUGAUAGAGGCUGUAUUUUUCAAUUGAUCUUCAUGAAUUUGGUCAGAAUGAUUGCCUUGAUAAAAUCUAGGUCGAGUUUGAACAUGGGUCAUCUAGGCUCAAAAACUAAGUCAUAUCUAAGAAAAUGCUUGUUUUAUCGCAAGAGACCAAUUUUUUGGUCCAAUCUUAAUGAAAAUUGGUCAGAAUAUUUGUUUCCAUGAAAUCACUAGGUCAAACAUGUUUUACACUGUUAUGGUGUGUUUCUUAGGUGAGCGACCUAGGGCCAUCUUGGCCCUCUUGUUUGUUUUAUGGAUAAAAAAAUGGCACUCUGUCUUGUCCUGUCGUUUGAGAUGACAGUCUUGCCCACAUUGGGUUACUAUUUACUUCACCUUACCUAUCAAACUAUAAAAUCUGACAUUUUCUCAAAGGUUUUAUUCCCUCUGUGAAAAAUGAUGCAAAUCUGACCCAAAUUUUAGAAAUCUUUAAAUGCCUUGAAAAAAAGUUUGAUUUUAUAGUUAUAGGAAAUAUUGAUACAAUGCUCAACAUUUAAUAAAAUGUCUUGUAAUAAGAUAUAACUUUAAAUGUAUAAGAUCCACAUGUAUCAUAUGUAUUCAACGUUAUGUACAGCUACAUUCACAACUGUUGUGUAGUUACAGUCAUUUGUUAAAAUAGCUGCAAGUUUUUUUAUGUGCAGGAGUACAAGUGGAUAGUUAUAUAUUAUUUAUGAAGGAUAUAAAAUUUCUAACCUAAUAUUCAACAGUGUUUACUUGGACAAACAUUUAGAUUUUGUGUUUACAUAGUUAUGGUAUAGUUAUUGUUCAUUUUGUCAAAAUUAAUUUGAAACCUGGGCGUAAUCCAACUUUAAGAUGUAAAAUGUUGAGGCACACAUGGAAGAUCGUUUUGGCGGAUAUGUAGCCUCGUUUAAGUAAUUAAAAUUCUUUAUUGUUAUUUUUAGCUCACCUGUCACAAAGUGACAAGGUGAGCUUUUGUGAUCGUGCGGUGUCCGUCCGUCCGUCCGUCCGUCCGUAAACUUUUGCUUGUGACCACUCUAGAGGUCACAUUUUUCAUGGGAUCUUUAUGAAAGUUGGUCAGAAUGUUCAUCUUGAUGAUAUCUAGGUCAAGUUCGAAACUUGCUCACGUGCCAUCAAAAACUAGGUCAGUAGGUCUAAAAAUAGAAAAACCUUGUGACCUCUCUAGAGGCAAUAUAUUUCACAAGAUCUUCAUGAAAAUUGGUCAGAAUGUUCACCUUGAUGAUGUCGUGUGCCGUCAAAAACUAGGUCAGUAGGUCUAAAAAUAGAAAAACCUUGUGACCUCUCUAGAGGCCAUAUAUUUCACAAGAUCUUCAUGGAAAUUAAUCAGAAUGUUCACCUUGAUGAUAUCUAGGUCAAGUUCGAAAGUGGGUCACGUGCCUUUAAAAACUAGGUCAGUAGGUCUAAAAAUAGAAAAACCUUGUGACCUCUCUAGAGGCCAUAUAUUUCACAAGAUCUUCAUGAAAAUUGGUCAGAACGUUCACCUUGAUAAUAUCUAGGUCAAGUUCGAAACUGGAUCAUGUGCCAUCAAAAACUAGGUCAGUAGGUCAAAUAAUAGAAAAACCUUGUGACCUCUCUAAAGGCCAUAUUUUUCAUGGGAUCUGUAUGAAAGUUGGUCUGAAUGUUCAUCUUGAUGAUAUCUAGAUCAAGUUCGAAACUGGGUCACGUGCGAUCAAAAACUAGGUCAGUAGGUCUAAAAAUAGAAAAAAAUAGUGACCUCUCUAGAGGCCAUAUAUUUCAUGAGAUCUUCAUGAAAAUUGGUCAGAAUGUUCACCUUGAUGAUAUCUAGGUCAAGUUCGAAAGUAGGUCACGUGCCAUCAAAAACUAGGUCAGUAGGUCAAAUAAUAGAAAAACCUUGUGACCUUUCUAGAGGCCAUAUUUUUCAUGGGAUCUGUAUGAAAGUUGGUCUGAAUGUUCAUCUUGAUGAUAUCUAGGUGAAGUUCGAAACUGGGUCACGUGCCAUCAAAAACUAGGUCAGUAGGUCAAAUAAUAGAAAAACAUUGUGACCUCUCUAAAGGCCAUAUUUUUCAUGGGAUCUGUAUGAAAAUUGGUCUGAAUGUUCAUCUUGAUGAUAUCUAGGUCAAGUUUGAAACAGGGUCAUGUGCAGUCAAAAACUAGGUCAGUAGGUCUAAAAAUAGAAAAACCUUGUGACCUCUCUAGAGGCCAUACUUGUGAAUGGAUCUCCAUAAAAAUUGGUCAGAAUGUUCACCUUGAUGAUAUCUAGGUCAAGUUUGAAACUGGGUCACGUGCCUUAAAAAACUAGGUCAGUAGGUCAAAUAAUAAAAAUACCUUGUGGCUUCUCUAGAGGCCAUACUUUUCAUGGGAUCUGUAUGAAAAUUGGUCUGAAUGUUCAUCAUGAUGAUAUCUAGUUCAAGUUUGAAACUGGGUCAACUGCGGUCAAAAACUAGGUCAGUAGUUCUAAAAUUAUUAAAAUCUUUCGACCUUUCUAGAGGCCAUAUUUUUCAAUGGAUCUUCAUGAAAAUUGAUCUGAAUGUUCACCUCGAUGAUAUCUAGGUCAUUUUCGAAACUGGGUCACAUGCAAUCAAAAACUAGGCCAGUAGGUAUAAAAAUAGAAAAACCUUGUGGCCUCUCUAGAGGCCAUAUUUUUCAUGAGAUCUUCAUGAAAAUUAGUGAGAAUGUUCACCUUGAUGAUAUCUAGGCAAAGUUCAAAACAGGGUCACAUACCUUCGGAAACUAGGUCAAUAGGUCAUAUAAUAGAAAAACCUUGUGACCUCUCUAGAGACCAUAUUUUUCAAUGGAUCUUCAUGAAAAUUGGUCAGAAUUUUUAUUUUGAUAAUAUUUAGGUCAAGUUCAAAACUGGGUCACAUGAGCUCAAAAACUAGGUCACUAUGUCAAAUAAUAGAAAAAACGAUGUCAUACUCAAAACUGGGUCAUGUGGGAAGAGGUGAGCGAUUCAGGACCAUCAUGGUCCUCUUGUUUAUUAUUAUUAUCAGAUAUGUUUUACUGGUUACCUUGUUAAGCUUGUUUUGUUUUAUAGAAUACAUUCCAUGAUUUUUUUAGCAAUGUUAGAAGUACCAAUAAAUUUACAACUGAUUCUAAAUCAGAUAGAUUUUCUGUGAUGCAGAAGCGCCUUAAUGGUUAGUUAUACAAUACAAUUAAAUGUCUUCAUUUGUGAACAAAAUGUUGUUGGCUUUUUUGGUUUUAUAGAAACAUGAAUAAUUAUAUGGCAAUAAGAUGUAAAGUUGCAACCCAUUUUUGAAAGAUGCUAAUGUGAUAUCAACCUUUACCAUGCUAAAUUUCUAAUAUGGACUGUUAUAUCUUUCAGUUUGGGCAGUACCAUCUAUUAUUUGAAGGGGUGUUUACUGAAAAUUUACUGACUGAAUUGCAUGCAGUGCAGACCUUGAUCAGCCUGCAUGGAUCUUGGUCUGCUCUGGUCCAUGCAGUCUGAUCAUGAUCUGCACUGUUUGCCAUUCAGUCAGUAUCUUUUUGGUAAGCACCCAUUGUAACAGUUAAUGGUACUGUCCAAAUUGAAAGAUGGACAAGUUCAUUAUAGAAAUUUAGCAAGAUAAUGGUUAAUAAUGAUACAAUAACAUUCUUUGCCUUGUCUGCUAGAUGAUAUCUGGUGCUAAUUUGUUUGUUUUUCUUAUAUGAAAAAAUGGUGAUGUUGACGCCACAUCGCAUAGUAUUUGGCACCAUACCCGCCAUAUUGGUGCAGGGAAAAAGUUCCACUGAUGUCCUGUUUGAGAAUCAAAAUUAUACAACAGAAUGAGGUUACCUUUAAUUGGCACAAGAUCUCCAUGCAUGCUUUAAUUCUUCUGUGAGACGUGUAACGUGACUCCCUUCACUAAUAUUAUUUUCAAAACAUGGUCACAUUUACAUCACAUUAACCUUCCAUUUUGAGCCAUACACGUGCCAACAAAUAGUUGUUGCAGAUUUAAUUCAAUAUUUUACGUAAAAGAUAUUUCAGAAUCAAAAUAAUGUAUAGUAAAACAAUAAUUUAAAAAACUUAGUCCUCCAUAUUGGUUGUACGCCAUGUGGAAUAAAUCACUCAGGCUUAGCCCUUGUGAUAUAUUGCAUUCAUAUAACCUAAUUAAUGUGUUUAGGUAUUAAAACAUGAUUUUGCUAUAUAUUGUUUAUUAAAUAUGUGACAAAAAAUUAAGUAUACUUACCACAGUUUUCACAAUUUUUGGUCAAUGUGAUCAGCAGUUUAGGUAUAUUUGAGCCAUGCCAUGAGAAAACCAACAUAGUGGCUUUGCGAACAGCAUGGAUCCAGACCAGCCUGCGCAUUUGCGUACUCUAGUCAGGAUCCAUGCUUUCCGCUAACGGUUUCUCUAAUUGCAAAAGGCUUUGAAAGCGAACAGCUUGGAUCCUGACCAGACCUGGUCUGGAUCCGUGCAGUCUGGUCAGGAUCCAUGCUGGUCGCAAAGCCAGUAUGUUGGUUUUCUUAUGGCGUGGCUCAAAUAUAAUCAUUUAAUGAGCAGUGCACAAUAUCUGUCUUUUUAAAGCAGCAACAAUAAGAAAUCUAAAAAUCAUACUUCAGUGUUAAAACUUCGAUUUAAUGAGUAUGAUAUAAUGUACAGGGAAUCUACUUGACAUCAAUUUUACACAGUAUGAAGCUUUUUAAUACACACUUUGGUUACUUCAGGAAUGUACCUAGAGCUCACAGAAUCUCUGUUUUCUGUAGCUUACUGAAGUAAUUUUACAAUUUUUGCCGAGCCUGCUUGUGGUGAGCUCGACUUAAUUGCCACUUUUGGCAGGUCAGUGUAUGUGCAUGCGUCUAUGUGUGUGUGCAUCCAUUCGAUUUUGUCCGGACCAUAACUAUUUAUCUUGCGCAAACCCCAUGGUCCUAUCUAAAAGAUCAAGAUCACAGUUGAAGGUCAAAAGUCAAUUUGAAGAAUGAGUUUGUCCGAAGCAUUUCUUCUUAACACAUGGUGGGAAUUUGAUGUAACUUGGCAUGAAUGUUCACCAUUAUAAGACAGAGUGUCCUGUGCAAGAACCAGGUCCCUAGGUCUAAGGUCAAGGUCACACUUAGAGGUCAAAGGUUAGAUACAAGAAUGACUGUUCGGAGCAUUUCUUUUUCUUGCGUAGAGGGAUUUUAAAGUAAUCUGGCAAUAUUUUCACCAUCAUGAGAAGGAAUGUAUGCACAAGAACCUAGAAUUACUUCCCUUUAUUGAUCCUAUAAAUAGCUUAUAUUGUAAUUUUUUUGUUACUGGUUCUAGGGAAAAGUCAAGACCACUUUUCUGUAGUUCAAUAUGCAUGUUACAUCCAAUUUCUAGGUAUAUUAUGACCUAUCUCUACUGGUAAGAUUUUUGUGUGGACUUAGAUUGUCAUGUGCAUCUCCCAGUCCUUUUGACAGCUGGUGGGCUCGACAUGUUGCCUCAUUUUCAGCCUUCGCGCUCGAAUAUUGUUAAUCAUAUGUACUCUUGAAGGAAAGUAAUUGUAUAGUGGAGUUUUUAUUAUUUCAUGGUUAACACGUUUUAAUAAAGUGCUUUUAACACAAGAUGUAUUGUAAUAGUUCUUCACAUGUGUUCUAUAUUUAGCAACAUGCACGGGUAUCAGACCUGGUAUGAAACUAUUAUGACCAGGGUGUUUUCACCUGAAAUCAACCCAAAAUGAAAAUAAACGUAGGGAAACAUACGCCCCUUUCAAAUGAUAUACAGCAUACCAUAUGAUAUCUGUGCCUGUGUUUUUAUGUACAUGUAUUAUGCAUUUGUUUUCAAUGGUUUAAGUAAAAUGUGUUGUUUUUUUCAUAUGCUACUUUCUGUGAAUUAUGUUUUAAUAAAGGCAUUUAUAUAGAAAUAUCAUCCUGCUUUUUAUUAUACCCCCACCAAACAUGUUUGAGGGGGGUAUAUAGGAGUCAGUUUUGUCGCGUCCCGUCGUGUCGCGUCCCGUCCCGUCCCGUCCCGAAAUCUAUUAUCUCAGUUAUUACCAAAUGGAUUUGAUUCAAACUUAAAAUACAUGUUCCACCUUAUCACCCACAUCAUGUGACACAAGGUACAUAACUCUUGACACCAAGUUUUCAUGAAUUAUGUCCCCUUUUACUUAGAAUUUAAGGUUAAUUUUGUUGUAUUUUCACUAUAUCUCGGUUAUUACUAAAUGGAUUUGAUUCAAACUUAAAAUAGAUGUUCCACCUAAUCACCCACAUCAUGUGACAUAAGGUGCAUAACUCUGACACCAUUUUUUUAUGAAUUAUGCCCCUUUUUACUUAGAAUUUAAGGUUGAUUUUGAUGUAUUUUCACUUUAUCUCAGUUACUACUGAAUGGAUUUGAUUCAAACUUAAAAUAGAUGUUCCACCUCAUCACCCACAUCAUGUGCCCACAUCAUGUGACACAAGGUGCAUAACUCUGACACCAAGUUUUCAUGAAUUAUGUCCCCUUUUACUUAGAAUUUAAGGUUAAUUUUGUUGUAUUUUCACUAUAUCUCAGUUAUUACUAAAUGGAUUUGAUUCAAACUUAAAAUAGUUGUUCCACCUCAUCACCCAGAUGAUGUGACAUAAGGUGCUUAACUCUGACAUAAAUUUUUUAUGAAUUAUGUCCUCUUUUACUUUAAAUAUAAGGUUGAUUUUGAUGUAUUUUCACUAUAUUUCAAUUAUUACAAAAUGGAUUUGAUUCAAACUUAAAAUAGAUGUUCCACCUCAUCACCCACAUCAUGUGACACAAGGUGCAUAACUCUGACACCAAUUUUUCAUGAAUUAUGCCCCUUUUUACUUAGAAUUUAAGGUUAAUUUUGAUGUAUUUUCACUAUA